UGACGGCGGGGUUUUUGGUGUUUCUGUCUGCGGUCGGGUCUCUCAUUGGCUGACUUCAUCCCCGGCCAUGAAUGCGGCUAUUAGAUUGGCUGCGCGUCCUCGCCAGCUGUACUUCAAAGAACACGCUCUCUACAACUAGGUAGUGUUGGGAGCUGCGAGCCAAGAGAGAAACCGUGUGACCCGAGUCAAACACGGUGAGUCUGAAUCAAAUUUGGAGCCGAACAGCAUUGAAAUCGCGAACACUCUCAUCACAGCACAGACCCUGGAUAUGGCAACGUCUAUACUUGGGGAAGAGCCACGGUUUGGAACUACACCUCUAGCAAUGCUGGCUGCAACUUGCAACAAAAUUGGUAACACCAGUCCUCUUACAACUUUGCCUGACUCGAGCGCUUUCUCAAAAGGUGGAUUUCACCCGUGGAAAAGAUCCUCCUCCAGCUGCAACUUGGGAUCCAGCCUGCCCGGUUUCACAGUAGCAACAAGCCGCGCGUCGACAGGACUAACACCGACCAGUGGCACAGGCAACAGCGCCUUUUGCUUAGCCUCCACCUCCCCGACCUCCUCUGCGUUUUCCACAGAGUACAGCGGUCUGUUUUCCAACUCUGCCAGCGUCACAUCCCAAGAAUCCGGACAGUCAGCUUUUAUCUCCAAAGUCCACACAUCGGCAGAGACUCUGUACCCGCGGGUGGGGAUGGCGCACCCGUACGAGUCGUGGUACAAGUCCGGUUUCCACUCGACCAUCUCUGGCGACGUUGCCAACGGUGCGUCCUCGUGGUGGGAUGUCCACACCAACCCCGGCUCGUGGCUCGAUGUCCAGAACCCCGCGAGCUCCCUCCAGACCUCACUGCACUCCGGGACGCCUCAAGCCAUCCACUCCCAGCUAAGUGGCUACAACCCGGACUUCUCCUCGCUGACGCACUCGGCGUUCAGCUCCACUGGAAUCAGCCCCACCGCGUCUCACCUACUGUCCACCAGCCAGCACCUGUUAACACAGGACGGCUUCAAAACAGUCAUCCCCACGUACACAGACACUUCUGCCGCCAACGCCAUGAUCUCUGGGGGCAGUUCAGGAAUAAGUAGCUCUUCUAGGUCGUCCCGGCGGUACUCCGGCAGAGCAACAUGUGACUGUCCGAACUGCCAGGAGGCCGAGCGGCUGGGACCCGCCGGGGCCAGCCUGCGCAGGAAGGGACUCCACAGCUGCCACAUUCCCGGCUGCGGUAAAGUGUACGGAAAGACAUCUCACCUCAAGGCGCAUUUGAGGUGGCACACCGGCGAGCGGCCUUUUGUCUGCAACUGGCUUUUCUGUGGCAAAAGGUUCACUCGGUCGGAUGAGCUGCAGAGACACCUUCGCACCCACACCGGCGAGAAAAGGUUUGCUUGUCCGGUGUGUAACAAGCGCUUUAUGCGGAGUGACCAUUUGAGCAAGCACAUCAAAACGCACACGGCCGGUGGAGGAGGCAAAAAGGGGAGCGACAGUGACACCGACACCAGUAACCUGGAGACCCCGAGGUCCGAGUCACCUGAACUUAUUUUGGACGGGGUAAAUCCCAGAAUCACUGUUAAGGAUCAGUCUCCCCACGACGAGCCCUAAUAAGGCUUCACCCCCCCAAAAUCUAAAUUCAAAAACUGCACAGCAUUGAAAACGGGUCUUAUUUGACGGACAAUAAAAGGAGAGAAUAUUUCAAGAAGCGAUUGCAAAGUCUAAAAAAUAUAUUCUCCACAGGCGUAACGAGUAUUUCAUUCGUAAAUCCAUCUAAAGAAAACACGGUGAUUUAUACUGUAGGCCUUUGGGGAUUUUUAGGGGCAACUUGAAAAUGAAAUGGAUGUUUGCUAUAAAGGGUGCGCGAAACCUGUUGAACUUUGGUUGGACAAUGUGAGUUACAUCUUGUAUAUUGACGACUAAACUAUGUGUUAUUUUCAUGUAAAUGUUAGGCUAUGAUUGUUUUAUUCGUGUUGGUAUCCUGGCAAUCAGGGAGUUUACUUUCGACGCACUUUGUGGAUAUGUAUGUACACAGCUUUUUCAACUUUGGUUAACCAUUUUAUUUCUUUGCUAAAAAAUAUCUAUAUAUAAAUGUUUACCUGUAUAAAGUCACACGUAUAAGACUUUCAUUUUAUCGUAAUUAAAACAUCUUUAAAAAAGGC